CUGGGUCGAUGGAAAGAUGAACCCAGCAGGCGAAACCCAGCCUUCCUCACCCUCCCAAUCCCUCUUCUUCCCCUUCUUUCUUUCUCUUUCUUUCUUUCCUACCUUGGUUUGGUGGAAAGCUGGGUUCAUUGGAACCCAACAUAGAAACAUCCAACAUUUGGUAAAGACGGAAAGUAGCCAAUGGAGGGCUCUAGGCUCUGCGUGCUCCUACCCAUUUUCUUGCUCAGCGAUGACUUGCCAAUGGAUAACUCCAGGCUCAAGAGGAACGUCACCGGUAUGUUUCCGGAGCAGAUUGCGCUUGCCAUUUCCUCACCAACUUCAAUGUGGGUCUCCUGGGUCACGGGGGAUGCUCAGAUUGGUUCCAAUGUGACUGCGCUCGAUCCAUCAUGGGGAACCCAGCAAAUCUGGGUUCGAUUGAAACCCAGAUCUCCUGGGUUCCGAUGAACCCAGCCUUGCUGGCUUUCGUCGAAACCCUGCUGGGUUCGGUUGAAACCCAGCAAGGCUGGGUUUCGAAGAACCCAGGCUGGGUUCAUCGAAACCCAGAUCUGCUGGGUUCCGAUGAACCCAGAUCUGCUGGGUUCGUCGAAACCCAGCCUUGCUGUUUCAACGCGAUUUCCAUUGUUGAUUUACAAUUUGAUUGAUUUUUGUUAGAAUUUAAUUAGAGUUUGAUUGUAUUUUUGUUGAAAUUUGAUUAGAGUUUGAUUGAUAUUGUUUAUUGAAGGGUUAGAUUGAUUUGAUAACAUUUGUUAUGUUAGGUUUGAGGCUUCAAUGAAACCCAGUAGCUGGGUUCAAUGACAGGAUUUCAAAUUCUCCUUUGAAGCAUUUUAGGGUUCAUAGGGUUCAUAGACAUAUUAUUUUGUGAGGACUUUACUGCUAGUGCAACCCAACUCGAGUUAGAUUGAUUUUGCAGAGAGUGAAGAUGAGAGACCAUUCUAGGGUUGACAUAUCUUUAUUGGUGGUUUGCAGGCAACGUGAGACGGUGUUGGUGCAGGAAGAAGAUGACAUGUCAUAAAAAAAGAUUCCAGUUCAGCACAUUUUUAUGUUGUUCUUGCCAUGUCAUCAAAAAAAUAAUAAAAAAUGCCACGUGGU